AUCAAUGUAAACAAAGAGACGACCUUCAUAAGCCCUUCCUUUGGCAGUGGCUCUGCUUUAGAAAGGCCGGUACACACUACACGUCGUUACUGAUGCUAUAUUGGGCUUUUCAGUCAGGUGGUCGAGAAUGCGGAUACGUAGAAGCCUUUCACUACAAGAUCAAGCAGAGGUUAAUAGGUCCGUGGAGUCAAGGAGCACUGCGUCGUGGCAUAAGAUAGGGAAGGAAAAAGUGAUUUCAAGGAGUGGAAAGACAAGGUUUCAUGCUUGACUGUGAUAGCAGUAAAUUAAUUUCUGUUUUACAAGAAAACGAAGAGAUUAUCAUACAAGAGGUGUAGUUUCAAGAGUUGGUUUGAGCUUCAGUAAAAGACUCCUCUGCAUCACCAUGUCCUCUGUGUGUACAUGAGGCUUAAACUACAUAAGAUUGUUAUGCAGAUGAGGAAAUAUAAGACAUGAAUUUUCAGUUGUCUGAACAGAAGUUAAUAACAAUGCCACCACAUAAGCCACUGUCCUCACUAAAAGAUAUAUGCAUUCAGUGGACUUUAGAGUGGAUUUCUAGUGUUGUUAAGGUCUGUGGAUCACAUCAGCAGCACAAGUAUCAGAGGCUUUACCUUAUCUCUGCCCUCAGCUCUAACAUCCGACAACAUCUUCUUUUCCUUACCUUCAGACAACCUUUGUAUGAAAGGAACUUGACAUACAAGUGUUUGGUGCUGCAGUUACUAGGAGACCAAAAUACCCGGAGUGUUGACUUUAGUUGUGCAGGUAUUGCCUAUCUUUAUGAGGUAAACUACCUGUACAGGAUCCUUACUCAGGUUCAGAUAACAAACCUUACAAGACUGGGAAUAAACUGUAACCUUAGGACUAUGGCAGACAAGAAAUGCCUGAUGGAAGUCAAUGCUACUUUCUAUCCUGUCUUUAACAAGAUGACAAAUCUCCGCUGGGUCAGGCUAGUAGGAGUGGCUGAUAAGACCCUCUUAACAGCACUCGGAAUGAACUGUCCACACCUUGAGUACCUAUAUGUUGAUGAAUCCCAUAGGGUGAAUGAUGAAGCAGUAGCAAAACUUCUCUUGAGAGACUCAAUGGAUGUGGCAUUCCAAAACAUAAAAGACUUUGAUCUCCAAGACAUACCAACAAAUCCUUGUGCCUCUAGUCUUAAGGUGAUAGGCCUUAAUGGAACGGAAGUGAGCAUGAAGAGUGUUCUCACCAUCUUACACUGUGUCCCUUACCUUGAAUCCUUUGAAGGAGAUGUAAAUGUAGGUUCUUUAUGCAAAAUAAUGGAGAGCCUGCAACCAGAGGAUGGCCACAGAUCCUUCAACUUACAAAAACUGUGGGACACAAGAAUCCUGCCCAACCAAGCCUUACUCAUAGACAGAGUGUGCCCUCACCUUACUUAUCUCUCCACUGAUGCCUCUUCCCUUUUUGCCUUACACCUUCUUAGUUCUGUCUCAUCCCUUACCCUUAAGCUUUACUUUCAGAAUGCCACUAUUGAAAUCUACAAUUACCUUUUAGUCUCUGGUGUGAAUCUGAGAGAGCUUGUUCUUGUAGACCAUAUCAAUUGCUGCCUGGACCUCACAUGGCUUGUGGAACUGACUCCAAACCUAGAACAUCUAGAGGCCACCAUCAUGAAAGAAGAAGGGAGGAAUAUGUCACAAUGGCCUCUCCUGACAACUGCCAAAAUAACCUUAGAGUCCUCGAAGCCCCUUUUUGCCUUGAUGACACAUGCUCCCAUACUGAAGGAUCUUGAUGUCACCUUUGAAGCAUGGUCUGGUCUGGAUACAUUUGAGGAUAUUAACGAUACCUUGAUCACUAAUGCAGUUGCCUCUGGCAGUUUACAGAACUUACAAAAGUUGAAGAUAAAUAAAUGUGCCAUUAGUAUGAAGGGAAUAGACUGCCUUAUCUUGAACUGUCCAGAUCUAAUGUAUUUGGCACCCCUUGCUUUUUGGAAUGGUGUUUCUCAUGAAGAUCUUCAAAUUCUCCAUCAAAGAACAAAAGAAAAUAAUUGGUGUUUUAGAUUGGUUUUACGUGUGGACUGGGAAGACGAUCAAAGGUCAUCAGGUAUUUGUCAUAAUAAUGAUAAGUCUGCUCUUAUGUUGGCUUGUAGCUGAUAUGUUUGCUUAUAUCAGUCAUUUUAUCAAAUGGUUAUGAUGCUAAUUUGAACAUCCAAAUGUUAAGAAUAAUUCUUUAGAUUGUUCUUUUUGUUGGUCAUUUGCCACAGGAUUGCAUUAAGAUAUGUAAGGUUACUGAAAAAAAUAUAGAUCACACAGAUCAUAAGGCCAAAGAUUUAAUAUACAAGUGUUAUUCAUGG